CCCUCCAUUCUCCAUCCGUAGUGUCGUUAUUCCUCCCGUUAUGCGUGCGCACCUCUUGCACCAGACCCGAGUGGACUCUCAACCUCAAAAACAUCAGGUGGCUCUGCGCACACCUCCUCUCAGCCAGACCUGUGGGGUAUUCACCUGAUACACAACAGGUGGCCGGGUGCGCAUCUUUCCGCGAUCUGCUCCCUACUGGGUUCACCUGCUCUGGGUGGGCCUGCACGCACUUAGCUCAGCUGGAGUCGUGUGACACUCAUCAGAUAAAGGAACCUGGGGUCUGGGGAAGGAGCUGCCUGGCAGGAACCUAGGGUUUGGGCAAAUCUUCACCCGCUGCUGUGAGACCAUGGCACUGCGCCCCUAACUCUGGACCAGGGGACAUAGCUAGGAAAGGAAACAUGCAUCCUCCUGAAACCACCACAAAGAUGGCUUCGGUUCGGUUCAUGGUGACACCAACAAAGAUCGAUGACAUUCCCGGUUUGUCAGACACUAGCCCAGACCUCAGCUCGAGAUCUAGUUCCCGUGUACGAUUUAGCUCCAGGGAAAGUGUGCCAGAAACAAGCCGUAGCGAGCCUAUGAGUGAGAUGUCUGGGGCCACCACAUCUCUAGCAACUGUUGCCCUGGAUCCUGCCAGUGACCGGACUUCCAACCCCCAGGAUGUCACCGAGGACCCGAGUCAGAACUCCAUCACAGGGGAGCACAGCCAGCUCUUAGAUGAUGGACGUAAGAAAGCUCGAAAUGCUUAUCUCAGUAAUUCCAAUUAUGAAGAAGGAGAUGAAUAUUUUGACAAAAAUUUGGCACUCUUCGAGGAAGAAAUGGACACCAGACCAAAGGUGUCUUCUCUCCUCAAUCGCAUGGCCAAUUACACUAACCUGACACAGGGGGCAAAGGAACAUGAAGAGGCAGAAAACAUCACUGAAGGGAAGAAGAAGCCGACCAAGACCCCCCAGAUGGGUACCUUCAUGGGUGUGUACCUUCCAUGUCUACAAAAUAUUUUUGGUGUGAUCCUCUUUCUACGCCUUACCUGGGUGGUGGGCACGGCUGGAGUCCUUCAGGCCUUUGCAAUUGUCCUUAUCUGCUGCUGCUGUACAAUGUUGACUGCUAUCUCCAUGAGUGCCAUUGCCACUAAUGGAGUGGUACCAGCUGGAGGCUCAUACUUUAUGAUUUCCCGGGCUCUGGGUCCAGAGUUUGGUGGAGCUGUUGGUCUCUGCUUUUAUCUUGGUACCACAUUUGCAGCAGCCAUGUACAUCCUUGGUGCCAUUGAAAUUUUUCUGGUGUACAUCGUCCCCCGGGCUGCCAUCUUUCACAGUGACGAUGCCCUCAAGGAGUCAGCAGCCAUGCUGAAUAACAUGCGUGUCUAUGGCACAGCCUUCUUGGUCCUCAUGGUAUUGGUGGUGUUCAUUGGCGUGCGCUACGUGAACAAGUUUGCCUCGCUUUUCCUGGCCUGUGUCAUUGUGUCCAUCUUGGCAAUCUAUGCUGGAGCCAUCAAGUCUUCUUUUGCACCCCCACACUUCCCGGUCUGCAUGCUGGGUAACCGCACUCUUUCAUCAAGACACAUUGAUGUUUGCUCUAAGAUCAAGGAAGUUAACAACAUGACCGUACCAUCAAAGUUAUGGGGCUUCUUCUGUAACUCCAGUCAGUUUUUCAAUGCCACCUGUGAUGAGUACUUUGUUCACAAUAAUGUCACUUCAAUCCAGGGUAUUCCCGGCUUGGCCAGUGGUAUCAUCACUGAGAACCUUUGGAGUAAUUAUCUGCCUAAAGGAGAGAUUAUUGAAAAGCCCUCAGCCAAAUCAUCGGACGUCCUGGGAAACUUAAAUCAUGAAUAUGUGCUUGUUGACAUUACCACCUCUUUCACUCUUCUGGUGGGGAUAUUCUUUCCCUCUGUCACAGGUAUCAUGGCUGGAUCAAAUAGGUCCGGAGAUCUGAAAGAUGCUCAGAAGUCUAUUCCCAUCGGAACGAUCCUUGCCAUCCUGACCACAUCUUUUGUCUAUUUAAGCAAUGUUGUCCUUUUUGGGGCGUGUAUUGAAGGGGUUGUUCUCAGAGACAAGUUUGGGGAUGCCGUGAAAGGUAACUUGGUCGUGGGCACCUUGUCCUGGCCAUCCCCGUGGGUGAUUGUCAUUGGCUCCUUCUUUUCAACAUGUGGGGCUGGACUUCAGAGCCUCACAGGCGCACCAAGGCUGUUACAGGCUAUUGCCAAGGAUAACAUCAUACCAUUCCUGAGGGUUUUCGGUCACAGCAAAGCCAAUGGGGAGCCUACCUGGGCUCUACUUCUGACUGCUGCCAUCGCAGAGCUGGGAAUCCUUAUUGCCUCUCUGGAUCUCGUGGCCCCGAUUCUCUCCAUGUUUUUUCUCAUGUGUUACCUGUUUGUGAACUUGGCAUGUGCUUUGCAGACAUUACUUCGAACACCCAACUGGAGACCCCGAUUCCGCUACUACCACUGGGCCCUGUCUUUCAUGGGAAUGAGUAUCUGUCUGGCUCUGAUGUUCAUUUCUUCCUGGUAUUAUGCCAUUGUAGCAAUGGUAAUAGCUGGCAUGAUCUACAAGUACAUUGAGUACCAGGGAGCUGAGAAAGAAUGGGGUGAUGGCAUCCGUGGGCUGUCACUCAGUGCAGCCAGGUUUGCUUUGCUUCGGCUGGAGGAAGGACCUCCACACACUAAAAACUGGAGGCCUCAGCUGCUCGUAUUGCUGAAACUAGAUGAAGACUUACAUGUCAAGCAUCCUCGCCUCCUUACAUUUGCGUCCCAGCUGAAAGCCGGAAAGGGUCUCACAAUUGUGGGCUCUGUCAUCGUGGGGAACUUCUUAGAGAACUACGGUGAAGCUCUAGCUGCUGAGCAGACCAUUAAGCACCUAAUGGAAGCAGAGAAGGUAAAAGGGUUCAGCCAGCUGGUGGUUGCUGCCAAGCUUCGAGAGGGCAUUUCCCACCUCAUCCAGUCCUGUGGCCUCGGGGGCAUGAAGCACAACACAGUGGUGAUGGGAUGGCCUAAUGGUUGGCGCCAGAGUGAAGAUGCCCGCGCCUGGAAAACUUUCAUUGGCACAGUUCGAGUGACAACUGCUGCUCAUCUUGCUCUGUUGGUGGCUAAAAAUGUCUCCUUCUUUCCCAGCAAUGUGGAGCAAUUUUCUGAGGGCAACAUUGAUGUGUGGUGGAUUGUCCAUGAUGGGGGAAUGCUCAUGCUAUUACCAUUCCUACUGAAACAGCACAAGGUGUGGCGAAAAUGCAGCAUUCGAAUCUUCACAGUAGCUCAACUAGAAGACAACAGUAUUCAAAUGAAGAAGGACCUGGCCACCUUCCUGUAUCACUUGCGCAUUGAGGCAGAGGUAGAAGUGGUGGAAAUGCAUGACAGUGACAUAUCGGCUUACACUUACGAGCGCACUCUGAUGAUGGAGCAGAGGUCCCAGAUGCUCCGGCACAUGCGGCUCUCCAAAACGGAGCGGGACAGAGAGGCCCAGCUGGUAAAAGACCGGAAUUCAAUGUUACGAUUGACCAGCAUAGGUUCUGAUGAGGAUGAAGAGACAGAAACUUACCAAGAGAAGGUACACAUGACUUGGACAAAGGACAAGUACAUGGCAUCCCGGGGGCAAAAAGCCAAAUCGAUGGAAGGAUUCCAGGACCUCCUUAGCAUGCGUCCGGACCAGUCUAAUGUAAGACGGAUGCAUACAGCCGUGAAGCUUAAUGAGGUUAUAGUAAACAAGUCUCAUGAAGCAAAGCUGGUUUUAUUGAAUAUGCCAGGACCACCCCGAAACCCUGAGGGUGAUGAAAACUAUAUGGAGUUCCUAGAAGUGCUCACGGAGGGACUUGAACGAGUUCUCCUUGUCCGUGGUGGUGGCAGUGAAGUGAUCACCAUUUAUUCAUAAUCUACUUCUAAAUGACACUGCUUGGUCUCACCUUUCCCAAAUGGCUUUUAUCCUCCAUUCAAGUGACAGCACUUUCUUACCACUCCCACUCUAGAGGCCUAUGUCUUACACCCAUCAUACUAAACUCAAUGAGCUGGCCUCAAAUCCUUGUGCAAGAGUACAAAUAGAUCGUUUCUGCCUCCCAUAUGAUCUGACAGAAGAAGCAUAUAUUCCCUCAACAUCAAAAGAGUGAUCAAAUCUUGAAAGCCAUUUCUUUACCACUGGAAGACAAGUUAGAAUCUACAAGCUAAGUCAACAGAUGGAAACUCUUCAGCAUCACUGAAGGCAGUAAACGGGAAAAGGGAUGCUAGAAAUUCACCUAAAGACAAAACACAAGCACAUAUCCAGCAUUAAAGAUCAGUCUGAUAAUUAAAGCCCAGAAAUCGUGGUUCCGUGAUACCACAGAGGAAACAGCUAGGUAGACAGCCUCUCCUCACCGGAGAAUUCAUGGCCAAGUAACAUGGAGACCUCUAUCCUUGUGACAGUAAUGUGUAGCAAGCUGAGAUGGAAACCAUCUGUAGCUGAUUUUCUUUAGUGUCUCUACUGCCCUCUAAGACUUAAUUUUAAAUAGGGUAACAAUGUUUAAAACCUGAAAUGUGGCUGCAGGUUCUACUUCUUCAAGAUUCCUCCAAAACACCAGGUUUAAUAUCUAUAUUGUGUCAGUGUAUAUUUCAGCUGUUUGUUUCUAUCAACUCAAAUCCUUUCUGUGGUUGUAACAACACAGGCAGUUUCAUCAUGGCAAUCGUUUGUUAGAAAGUAAAAAUUAUUUCUUUUAGGUUCUUUUUAUAUGGCUGGACUAAGGAAUUUUCAAGGAGUAGCUGUAAGAUUUACUGAAAUACAGUCUAUUGUACCUUUAUGACAAGGGCAAAACAUACAAGCUGUUACAGAAGAAUAAUACAGGUCAGAAUGCACAUUAACCAAGUCUCCUUUCCUUUUUAUGCUGAGUUACGAGGCACAGGUCAAAAAAUACAAAACAAACAGGAUGACUGGCUAAAGUCAUCUUCUGGAGGCUCUGGACUAUCUUUUAAAGGGGAAAUUCAGCUUUAAACUAAAAGUUACAGAGCCAUACUCUUGCCAUGGUGCCAAAGUUAGUGAGCUGCUACUCUCCUUUCUCCUAAAAGUAGCAUACAAACUGGCAUGGGCCCAACUCAAGAAACUUUUCUUCCACCAAGAAACCUACGGCCUCCUCUCCAAAGCCAUAGUUAAGGCUUGAGGCAUUCACCUAAAUGUCCGAAGUUAAGAACAUUUCUCCUUUUCUUUUUGAUUUUAUGACUUAAUGUCUGUAGAAACUUGGCUCUAAACUGAGAUCACCCAAGCCAAUGAGCUUUCGCUGUUUCAUGUUUGUUUUUAGAAAGCUCUAAAUGUGCCAAGGAAGUACUUCAUCAACUUUUUAUUUACUGAUACACAAAACAUUUGACUUACCACGGUGGAGAAAUUUCCUGUGAGGCUGAGCAAUAAUUUCAAGUAUGUGAAAUUUAUAUUUUUUUCUAAGAUAGGAUUUAAGAAACCAUCUUCUUGUCUGUAUUAAUGGCUGCUAUUAAGUUUUACUUUAUUAAUGAUAAGUAAGUGCCACUCUGACUACCUAACAGGAUAUGCAACAAGCUGACUCUUUAAGUAUCACAUGUAAUAUUUGAACCACAACACAGAAGAAAACCUUUCAGUGUAGCUUAAGGAAAUGAGUCAUUUUGAUUUCCCACUUUGGUCUUCUUUCACCUCCAGGCCCACUCAUGGUAGCAACACAGGAUCUUAAGAGACUUUUUUCCUGCUCAUUCCUGCAGAAGGCAGAAAGUUUGUUUACAACUCCCACUGUAACACUCCAUUGUAUAGUUGAGUAUGAGAGAAGAUCCAUACUUUCAAAGUCAGCCUGCCCAGGAAUUUCUCAGCCCUUGGCCAAAGUGCUACAUAUUUCCAUAUAGGAUAAAUAUGAGCAGAAAACAAGGUUAACUUUAGAAGUACUAUUUGUGGUUGGAGGUCUGUAGGAAACCUUUUAAAGGGACAAAUGAAUUGAUGGCUAUUAUCAGAACCACAGUUCUAGUCCAGAAAAUAUAAAAUCACUGUUACAUGGGAAAAUGGUUAUUAGGCCAGAUUUAUACUCAUGUUUGUCUAAAGCAUUUCAUGUCUUUUGCUGCUUGUUGUUUGUCUGCAAAGUGUCUUGUCUGUUAAUCACUGCAAAAUAAAGCAAUACUGAAAACUUGAGAGAGAAUGCACCUUAGGGGAAGGGGCUUUUUUUUUUUCAAGAGGAAAGAUAAAGCUCUUUUCCUCUCUUUUUCAAAGAUCUAGCUUUUAAGUCUUACCUAUGACUUUACCAAGGCAGAUAACACACAUUCUCCUGUUGCUAGCCUUCUGCCUUCUGGUCUGUCUUAAAAGCUGGAGUCUGAACUGCAGCAUCUGCUCAACCAAUGCCAGGUUCCUAUUGGCAGGGAAAAGAUCAUCGCUCUUUUAUCUCCUAAUGCCUCUGAUCCUUGUAGUCCCAAGGAUUCCACCAGUCCUCAUUCCCCCUACAUGUUAAAAAUUCCUUAUUGUGGGUAUUAAAUAACAGUUAUACUGUAAGCGUAUUUAUGUGCUCUUUUUUCUGGUUUUUCUUUUCAUCAUGUAUAAUUUGAAUCAGCAUUACUUUCGCACAUCUUCAAGUGUCUCCAACAGAAUUUUUAUAUCCAGGUUUGUGUUAAUAAAAAAAUAUUAAGGAAAAUAGAUUUAAGGGAAAUUUGUGAAACUUUUUUAAGCAUUGUUCUCAACCAUUUAAUUUAUUGGAAGGAGAUGCUGCUACAGUUCUUGAUUUAGCGGCAACCGUUCUUUUGUUUACAUACAGUUCUGGUUUUAUUUGUUCUGCUCUGUACUGGAAACAUAAAUAAAGUUUUCUACAUUAUUUUCA